GCACCCUGAGACUAAACGAUUUUCAGAUGAUUGAUGAUGAUGAUGAUGAUGAUGAUGAUGAUGAUGAUGGUGAUGGUGAUGAUACUGAUUUCGAAGAUGAUGAUGAUGAUGAUGAUGGUGAUGAUGAUGAUGAUGAUGAUGAUGAUGAUGAUGGUUAUGACGACGACGACGCCCAGCGCCCUGCGAUCACGAAAGGAUGAUGGUGAUGAUAACUCACCUCCUGUUGAUGACGUUGGUGCUGCUGCUGGUGAUGAUGAUGACGAGCAGCACCCUACAGAUGAUAAUCCCGACAACCCUUGAUGAUGAUGCGCCCAAUGCUCUGGUGAUGAUGAUGAUGACGAUGAUGCUGAUGGUGAUGAUACUGAUUUUGAUGAUGACGAUGAUGAUGAUGAUGAUGACGACGACGACGCACAGCGCCCUGCGAUCACGAAAGGAUGAUGGUGAUGAUAAUCCACCUCCUGUUGAUGAAGUUGGUGCUGCUGCUGGUAAUGAUGAUGACGACUCAAUGACGAACAGCGCCCAGCACUCUGAUGAUGAUGGUGCCCAGCGCCCUGAUGAAGGUGAUGAUGAGCCGCACCCUGCUGCUGCUGCUGCUGCUGCUGAUGAUGAUGAUGAUACGGCGACGUAAUGAUCACGAAAAAAUGAUGAUGGCGAUAAACGAAGACACCGGUG